GCUUUCACUGGACUAGACGGCGGGGCUGCGACAUUUACUGUCUUCUGUAUAAAUUACUUGGUUUCAUUCCUUUAUCCUCUCUUCAUCACCCCAUCCUCCUCUGUUGCUGUGCGCGUCACGGCAGGGGGCGGGGCUUGUCCGAGAUUGACUCGCAGCGUCUCUUCAGCUCCACUGUUUUUCUGCUCCACAAAAUGGCUGUAGUGUGGGAUGGGGAAUAGACUGCUGCCUUUCAUCUAGAGGAGACCCGCAGAAGACACAUCGCCCACCGGGACCCGUGCCGCCCGAACCGGACCGACCCCUCAUCUCUCACCGGCGGUGUUUAACGAGCCGUAACCAUGGACACCACCACCUCCAUCAAGAUGACCACGCUGGCCAUCCAGAACCUCUUCAGCUACGUGGAGGAGGAGAACCUGGGGGCACUGAAGUCCCACCUGGACCGCUUCAAGGAGGUGGACGGCCGCAGCGACAAUGGUCAGACUCCCCUGAUGUUGGCCUCUGAGCAAGGCAGCCUGGAGAUCGUUCAGGAGCUGAUCAGGAGGGGAGCCAACGUCAACCUGGACGACGUGGACUGCUGGUCCGCUUUGAUCUCAGGCGCCAAGGAGGGGCACCUGGAGGUGGUCAAGGAGCUGCUGGAGAACAGCGCCUACCUGGAGCACAGAGACAUGGGUGGCUGGACAGCCCUUAUGUGGGCUGCCUAUAAAGGUCGCGUGGAGGUCUGCGAGCUUCUACUGGAGAAUGGAGCCAACCCCAACACAACAGGACAGCAGUACAGUGUGUAUCCUAUCAUCUGGGCGGCGGGACGGGGCCACGCCGACAUCGUCAAGCUGCUCCUCGACAACGGAGCCAAGGUCAACUGCUCCGACAAGUAUGGCACCACCCCUCUGAUCUGGGCCUCCAGGAAGGGUCACUUCGAGAGUGUGAUGCACCUGCUGGAGAACGGAGCGGAUGUCGACCAGGAGGGGGCGAACUCGAUGACGGCCCUGAUCGUGGGGGUGAAGGGGGGCUUCUCGGAGGUGGUGAAGGAGCUGCUGAAGAGGAACCCCAACGUCAACAUGACGGACAAGGACGGCAACACCGCGCUGAUGAUCGCCGCCAAGGAGGGCCACACCGAGAUCGUCCAGGACCUGCUGGACGCCGGCACCUACGUCAACAUCCCCGACCGGAGUGGGGACACAGUUCUGAUCGGAGCCGUGCGGGGCGGACACGUGGAGAUCGUCAAAGCUCUGCUGCAGAAGUACGCAGACAUCGACAUCAGAGGACAGGAGAACAAGACGGCGCUGUACUGGGCGGUGGAGAAGGGGAACGCCACCAUGGUCCGAGACAUCCUGCAGUGCAGCCCCGACACCGAGAACUGCACCAAGGAUGGAGAGACUCCUCUGAUCAAAGCCACUAAGAUGAGGAACAUCGACAUUGUUGAGCUGCUGCUGGAUAAAGGAGCCAAGGUUUCAGCGGUGGACAAAAAAGGAGACACGCCCCUCCACAUCGCCAUCCGGGGGCGGAGCCGGCGGCUGGCCGAGCUGCUGCUGAGGAACCCUAAAGAUGGCCGCCUGCUGUACCGGCCCAACAAGGCGGGAGAGACGCCGUACAACAUCGACUGCAGCCACCAGAAGAGCAUCCUCACGCAGAUCUUUGGAGCGCGCCACCUGUCCCCCUCUGAGUGCGACGGGGACAUGCUAGGCUACGACCUGUACAGCAGCGCGCUGGCGGACAUCCUGAGCGAGCCCACCAUGCAGCCUCCCAUCUGCGUGGGGCUGUACGCCCAGUGGGGCAGCGGCAAGUCCUUCCUGCUCAAGAAGCUGGAGGACGAGAUGAAGACCUUUGCUGGCCAGCAGGUGGAGCCCCUGUUCCAGUUCUCGUGGCUGGUGGUGUUCCUCUCUCUCCUGCUGUGCGCCUCGGUCGCCCUGGUGCUGGGCUUCACCGUGGACCCUAAGCUGGCCAUGGCCGUGUCCCUCAGCCUGCUGGCCCUGCUCUACCUCUUCUUCGUGGUGGUGUACUUCGGCGGGCGGCGCGAGGGGGAGAACUGGACGUGGGCCUGGGUGCUGAGCACCCGUCUGGCCCGUCACCUUGGUUACCUGGAGCUGCUGCUGAAGCUGAUGUUCGUCACGCCGCCGGACCUGCCGGAGCAGAGCACCCGGGCACUUCCUGUCAGGUUCCUGUUCACCGACUACAACCGUCUGUCCAGCGUGGGCGGGGAGACCUCCAUGGCGGAGAUGAUCGCCACGCUGUCCGACGCCUGCGAGGCCGAGUUCGGCUUCCUGGCCGCCCGACUCUUCAGGGUCUUCAAGACGGAGGACACCCAGGGGAAAGGUAAGCAGCGGUGGAAGCGGACCUGCUGCGUGCCGUCCUUCGUGCUCUUCCUGCUGGUGCUGGCCUGCCUGAUCACGGGGCUGGCGCUGCUGGCCGUGUUCCGGCUGCAGCCCGACCACCAGACGGUGAACGCCGUGCUGGUGGCGGUGGCCAGCCUGGUGGGCCUGGCCCUGCUGCUCAACGUGCGCACCUGGUGGCAGGUGAGCGACUCGGUGCUGCACUCGCAGAGGAAGAGGCUGCACGGCGCCGCCAACAACCUCGCCAAGCUGAAGAGCGAGGGCUUCAUGAAGGUUCUGAAGAGCGAGGUGGAGCUGAUGGCCCGCAUGGCGAAGAGCAUCGACAGCUUCACCCAGAACCAGACCCGCCUGGCCGUCAUCAUCGACGGCCUGGACUCCUGCGAGCAGGACAAGGUGCUGCAGAUGUUGGACACGGUGAGGGUCCUGUUCUCCAAGGGCCCGUUCAUCUCCAUCUUCGCCAGCGACCCCCACAUCAUCAUCAAGGCCAUCAACCAGAACCUGAGCAGCGUUCUGCGCGACUCCAACAUCAACGGCCACGACUACAUGAGGAACAUCGUGCACCUGCCCGUCUUCCUGAACAGCCGGGGGCUCAGCUCCGCCCGCAAGCUGGGCCCCGCCCCCGCAGCCCGGGACCCCGCCGACGGCUGGCACGAGGAGCUGGACAGGAAGUUGUCGCAACACAGUCUGGGAGAGCUCUCCAAGUUCGGCAGCAAGACCACCCUGAACCGCCGGGACACGUACCGGCGGCGUCAGCAGGUGCAGCGCUCGGUGACGCGGCAGAUGUCCUUCGACCUCAGCAAGCUGCUGGUGACCGAGGACUGGUUCAGCGACAUCAGCCCUCAGACCAUGAGGAGGCUGCUGAACAUCGUCUCUGUUACAGGCCGUCUGCUGAGAGCCAAUCAGAUCACGUUUAACUGGGACCGGCUGGCGUCGUGGAUCAACCUGACGGAGCAGUGGCCGUACCGCACCUCCUGGCUCAUCCUGCUGCUGGAGGAGACGGACGGAGUGCCCGACACCACCACCCUCAAGGCCAUCUACGACAGGAUCUCCAAGGGCAUCCCGACCACCAAGGACGUGGAGCCGCUGCUGGAGAUCGACGCCGACGUGCGGAGCUUCGAGGUCUUCCUGUCCUCCCGUACCCCCGUGCUCUCGGCCCGCGACAUCAAGACCUUCCUGCCCUGCACCAUCAACCUGGACCCCAAGCUCAGGGAGAUCAUCUCAGACGUGCGUGCGGCCCGGGAGCAGAUGAACCUGAGUGCGGCGACGUAUCCCAGCAUGCAGCAGGAGGCGCAGGCGCGGCCCACCUCCAUGUACAGCCAGCCCUCCACCGCCUGCUCGCCCUCCGCCUCCUUCGUGGGCGGCGGCGGCGGCGGCGAGACUCACAGCAGCUACUACAGCGGCCUGGCCGGGCCCCAGCACCCCUUCUACAACAGGCCUUAUUUCCCCCAACAUGUCUACCAAUGGCCACGCCCCCACCCGGGCUUCACCUACCAACCAUCUCACCUCCUGCCACGCCCAUUCUCUAGGACCGCCCCCUACAGGGACUACUGCUGCGCACCUCUGUCUAGGGGUUCAUCUUUAAAAAAGAAGCAGGCCGCUGCCUCGGUGGUCUCCGGCGUGCCCCCCGUGCUGCUCUCCUCCCUGACCACGGAGGCCGUGUGCGAGCGCGUCCGCCUGGUGGAGGGCAUCGACCAAGGCAUGCUGCCCCAGUACACCGCCACCAUCCGCAAGGCUAACGUGAACGGACGUGUGCUGACCCAGUGCAACAUCGACGAGCUGAAGAAGGAGAUGAACAUGAACUUCGGCGACUGGCAGCUGUUCAGAGCCACGAUCGUGGACAUGCGCAUCAUGGAGAGCCAGGUGCUGCAGGACGACGCCGCCAGUGAGCAGGGCAGCAUGGCGGCCCCCCGCGCCGUGGCCGCGCCCCACGUGGGCGUGGCCAACGCGGACGGCUCCUCCCCCAUGUACAACUUCAACCUGAGCUUCGAGGAGCUCAGCAACCUGGGGCUGGAAGAGCCCCCCAGGACCUCCAACCUGCAGUGGAUGAGCGGCGGGCAGCGGACGGCGAGCAUGACCAGCCUGAACUCCCAGGAGUCGUCCAACGACAUCUGGCGCCUGACGGACCGCCAGCAGUCCGAGUACCGCUCGGCCUACCAGGAGUACGUGGCCCAGAUGGCCAACGUGGAGAUGGGCGGGGCCGGGGAGCGCCCCGUGCAGCCGCAGCCCGGCCACUUCAUGACGCCCGCACCCCCGGAGGGCGGAGCCAAGGAGGGGGCGGAGCCCGACGCCCGCAAGCCCUACGCCAAGCGGCCCGGGGCGGGCGGGGCCGGGGGGAAGCCAGCCGCCGCCGCCGACCCGGACGCCGACGCCCUGGACCCCAUCACGGAGGAGGACGAGAAGGCGGAGCACCACGGCUCCGCCCGCUCCGUCCUGACCCGCAAGGCCAGCUCCUCCUCCGAGCGGGGGGGGGCGGGGCUGUUCGCCGCCGGCGCCGCCGAGCUCAAGAUGAAGGCCAGCGGCGGCGGCUACCAGAAGCUAACGAGCGACGACGAGUCGGAGGAGUCCGACCACGCCCCUCUGCUGAAGGACGGGGGCGGGGCCGCGGGCCAGGGGGGCGGGGCCCCGGCCCCCGCCGCGGCGCUGAAGGGGAAGGACUUCCUGUCCGACGUGACGCUGGACAAGAAGGACUCGUCGGACUCGGGGGUGCGGUCCAACGAGAGCUCGCCCAACCACUCGCUGCGGGACGAGGAGGCGGAGCUGUCCCAGCUGGAGGGCGCCAACCUGAUGGAGCUGGAGGAGGAGACGCAGGCCCGCCGCCGCGCCCCGCCCCCCGGCUCGCUGGGCGGGGGCGGGGCCCUGCAGGACGUCCGCAUGUCCAUCUGCUCCGAGGACCAGUGCAGCCUGCUGGCCAGCAGCCCCGAGGAGAGCUGGUCCUCGCGCUCCUACAACCUCAACCUGGCGCCCAGCACCGUCGCCAACAACCACACCAACAACCGGCCCCGCCCGGCCGGCCCCGAGGGCUCCAUCUCCUCCUCCACCUCCUCCUCCACCACCGGGGACGUCAUCUCCCCCCCGGUGGCCUCCUCCACCACCUCCUCCUCCACCUCCACCACCACCAAGCCGGGCCCCCACAACGAGAACGUGCGGGUGGUGCACCUAAAGAGGGGCCCCAACCCGGGGGACCCCCCGGAGAUCUGCUCCGUCAGCUCCGACACCGUCACCUUCGGCGAGGAGCGGGAGAGCAUCCUGUAGGGGGGGGGGGAGGAGCUACGGCUCGACGUCGAGGUGGUCGCUAAGCGAGUCCCUGUUGCCGUUUGUCAGUUGCUCCGUGUCGGUUGGUUAGUGGUGGUUUGUUUUGUUUAAGUAGCUCCGCUGUGCGUUUUGUUGCUCUCUGGGCUGAAGUAGCUUAGCUUUAGCCUUAGUAGCUUCUGUGUGCUGAGCUAGCUCGCUACCUUGCUCUGGUGUAGUUGCUAUGAGUUGCAAAAGCUAGCUAGACCUUGUAGAGAUGUUGUCUGUGUUCUAAGCUAGUUAGCCCUGGCAGGGUUCUUUGAAUGCUAGGUUAGUUAGCCAUGGCAGAGUUUUGUUUGUGCUAAGCUAGCUUGCUAGUCCUUGUGGCGUUAAUUAUCAUAACUUGGCUAGCCCUGGUGGGGUUAUUCUAUGUGCAAGGCUAGUUAACCCUGGCAGGAUUGUUAUGUGUGCUGAGCUAGCUAGCGCUAGCAUGGUUGGGAUGUGUAUGCUAAGCUAUCUAGCAUGGUUGUUCUGUGUAUGGUAAGCUAGCUAGACCUAACAUGGUUGUGAUGCGUGUGCUGAACUAGCUAGCAGUGUUUUAAUGCAUGCAGUCUGGAUGCACUAGAUUAGAAUCACCUGUUGAACAGUUCUGCUGCUGUCUGGCGUUUAAGAAAACCAAAUUGAAGUCAUAAACUUUAUUUUAACUCUUUUGAAACAUGAGGCUAGAAAUGAUAAAUCAAUGACCUUUGAAUUAAUAUUGAACCAUUAUUGACAAUAUUUUAAAUCCAGCCAUGUUGUUCUAUGAGUAAUAUUCACAGGAACUCACAGGUGAACAUGGUUAUUUGUGGAAGUAGAAGAAAUACUACGAGAAUAGUAAAAGUAAAGUAAAUAUUCAGUGUUGACCGUGAUCUGACCCGACCAGGUCUAUCUUGUUUGUGUUGUGUUAUUCUGCUGGUUCCUGAUCUCUGAAAGAGAUGACGGAUGAGGUGGUCUAACCCCCCCCCCCCCCCCCCAACUCUGUCUUCUAACGGGAUUGGUCGUAUUAAAGGUUUCACUCUCUUCAGACGGCACAUGUGUACGAAUCGUCGGUGAAGUUUGUUAACCAACUGAUUUCUGGAUGAAUAGUUUAUAAGACCUUUUUAAGACAGUAUUAAACCACUAACUAACCUAACGCCCGUUGACUCAACUCUAAAUAAGUCUGUUCCCGUCUGUCAUCUUAUUCUGACCCACCAGGAGGUUAUGAAUAGAAGUUCAGUGUUAACAAGUUGUGAUGUGAAGUUGAUACUGCGUUAUGUUUGUCUCGCGAGUUAUUAAGGACAACACAUGACUACAGUCGUCCUAGAAACCAUAGCAACUAGAAGACCUGCUCCCGUUUUAAACCUGCUUCUGUCGUUUGUCGCUGUGCGCUUAAAUAAAAUGCUUAAUAAAUGUGACGAGGUGAAACCUAGGAGUUAAAAGCAUGGACCAAUCGAAGCGCAUGUAGGGAAAAUCAACACGCAUGUAGUGAAAAUCCACACGCAUGCUUGUGUUAAAUCGCUGGUGUUUUGCAUGCCUUGUGAUGUGAAUAUUUAAUGUUAUAUCUGUGACACUCCAAGAUGAAUAAAAGCCGUAACUGGCAUCAAGAAGUGUCUUAAGGUGGAGCCAUUUAAAAUAAAAUGCUUUUGGUUACAGAAA